AUGCCGAUUAGAUUCAGGAUAGCCAACAUGAACCGCUUGCCGACCACUGUCCUGACUCUGCUCACAGUAGCAACCACGACGUUUGCUACACCGGAUCCCAUAUGCUCGGGUUUAUGUACCGGAACGAUUCGCGACCCUGCAGUCCUUCGUCGCGACGAUGGGACUUGGUUACGCUUCACAACUGAAGGAAAUUUGCGCAUCGCAACUGCACCAUCGAUAAGCGGCCCUUGGACUAGCAAGGAGGGCGAGGCUGGCGCGAUGCUCCCCGGUGGCUCCAUCAUAGACCUCGAUCCCGACCAGCGCUUGUGGGCACCCAAUGUGUUUUUCAGCGAUGGACGCUUCUACUGCCACUACAGUGUGUCGACCAUCGGCUCUCAGAACUCUGCGAUCGGUGUCGCCACCAGCGUAACGGGCGAGUCUGGCAACUGGACGGACCACGGCAGCGUCGACUUGCCGGCCGACGAUCGCUACAACCGCAUCGACGCGAACUUCUUCCGGGAAUGCGAUACGUGCACGCCGUACCUAAAUUUUGGGUCGUCCUGGGAACACCUCUUCCAGACUACACUCACGUCCGAUUUGUUGAAAUGGAAAGGAGAGGCGCCAAUCCACAUCGCGAGAAAUACCUCAUAUCCGGCUGUGCCGCAAACAUAUCCGUCGAUCAUGGAGGGUGCAUUCAUGUGGUGGUUGCCGAACGUGAAUGGACACAAGUACUUCUACUUGUUCUUCUCGUCUGGCGCGUGUUGCAAUACGCCAAAGAGCGAGGAGGGUCUCGAAGCACCUGGAGAUGAGUACAAGGUCAUGGUUUGCAGAGGCGAGAGCGUGACUGGUCCUUUUACCGAUAAAGAUGGUAGGAACUGUUUAACAGAAAAUGGUGGCUCCUUGGUCCUCGGUAGCCACGGCGAUGUGUAUGCGCCGGGAGGCCAAGGACUGGCCCACGAUCCGGAUGUCGAUCGUGUUGCGCUAUACUAUAUGUACAUUAAUAAAGCGGAUGGAACCUACAAGGACUUCCGAUUUGGGUUCAACUGGCUCGACUUCUCUUCCGGUUGGCCCGAAGUUGUGGAGUAA